AUGGAUACAAGUGACAUAUCUUUUGGGAUCGUGUUUCUGUUACAGAUCAGUGCUGGGCUCUCAGUGAAUGCAUACCUCCUCCUGUUUUACACCCGCCUGGUCUCCACCAGCCACAAGCUCAGCACCUCAGACUUCAUUAAUGCCCAACUGACCUUAUCCAACACCAUGAUCCUUCUCACUGGGGGAAUACCAGAUACCCUGUCAGCUUGGGGGUUGAGAAAUCUCCUGGAUGAUAUUGGGUGUAAAAUCCUCAUUUACUUUUACCGAGUGGCCCGGGGACUUUCUAUCUGCACCACUUGCCUCCUGAGUGUCUUCCAGGCCAUCACCAUCAGCCCCGGUACUUUUUGGUGGGCCAGGAUCAAAGCUAAGUUAUCAACAUGUGUCAUCCAUUCCUGCAUUCUCUUCUGGAUCUUCAAUCUGAUCAUAUAUAUUAGUGCACUGAUGUAUGUGACAGGCCCCCGGAACAGUACUAGUGUUAAGAUCACAAUGGACCUUAAAUAUUGCACAGUUGUCCCCGUCAGUACAGAAACCACCCUGAUAAAAGCUGUUGGAUUGUCUGCCUGGGAUCUGCUAUUUGUGGGGCUCAUGAGUGGGGCUAGCAGUUAUCUGGUGUUUGUCCUGUGCCGACACCACAAACGAGUCCAGCAUCUUCAUGGACCGAGUCAGUUCCCCAAGACAAUGCCUGAGGUCAGAGCAGGCAAGAGGGUCAUUGCUCUGGUGAUUCUCUAUCUUGUCCUUUAUGGGCGGCAGUCAAUCAUGUUCAGUGUUUUACUAAGCAAGAGGGAAAAUUCUUCUCAGCUGGUGAAUAGUCAUGUGGUGUUUUCACUCACCUUCUCAGUUCUUAGUCCUUUCUUGAUCAUUCAUAGUGACAGGAGAAUGAGACCAUUUUGGAAAAGGGAAGCUUCUAUUCCCAACACAAAUCCCUCAUAG